AUGCGACGCGCGGACCGCCUCUUCCAGAUCGUUCAGCACCUGCGCGGCGGGCGCCUGACCACGGCGGCGCGGCUCGCCGAGCAGCUCGAAGUGUCCGAACGCACGAUCUAUCGCGACAUUGCCGAUCUGCAGUCGACCGGCGUGCCGAUCGAUGGCGAGGCCGGCGUCGGCUACAUCAUGCGCGAGGGGUUCGACCUGCCGCCGAUGAUGUUCACGCGCGACGAGAUCGUCGCGCUGGUCGCCGGCGCGCGCAUGGUCAGCGCCUGGGGCGGCAUCGCCAUGGCGCGCGCCGCCCAGGAGGCGCUGGUCAAGAUCGAGACGGUGCUGCCCGACACGGCGCGGGCGCGGCUCAAAUCGGUGGAAAUCCGCGCGCCCGCGCACCGCAUGUCGGCAGAGGAACGCGAAAAGCUCGACACGCUCGAACGGGCCUGUGAGGAUCGGCUGGUCACCGCGCUCGCCUAUACCGAUGCGGAGGGGGCUGCGACCGACCGCUCCAUCUGGCCGCUGGGUCUCUGGUUCUGGGGCGGAAGCUGGACGGUGAUCGGCUGGUGCCUGAAGCGCGAGGAUUUCCGCAUGUUCCGCAUCGACCGGAUCGGCACCAUGACGCCGACCGGUGCGACCUUCAGACCCGAGAAGGGCAAGACCUUGCGCGACUUCUACGCGCAGAUGAUCGCGUGCGGCGAAGUGCCCAAGGGUUUCGAUUUCCUCGGCCCGGGCAUAUAA